ACGAAUAUCGACACGCCCCCCUUGGUGCAUGUGUUGAGCGACGACGACACGGCGAAGCAAGGCUUUGCGCUACUCCAACGGUCCAUUUUUAGAACGAAAUUGAAGUCAGGAGGUGUGGAGUGUGGCCUAUCAAGGAUGGGGAAAACGAGGAAGAGCUACUACGCCGUCAGAGUAGGCCGGGAGGUCGGAGUCUACAACACAUGGGAAGGGUGUCGUUCUCAGGUUGACAAGUACUCUGGGGCAGUCUACAAGGGUUUUUCCACUGCUGCUGAGGCUGAGUCGUUUGUAGGGGCUUCGCAGGCCUCCCAUGCCAGGUCUACGUAUGGCCGGUCAAGGUCCUACCACUCUGGGAGCUACCCUCAGAGAAGAGAUAGGGAAUGGUGUUCAGAGUCCACUAGCAGUGUCUCAUAUAGUCAACCGAGCUAUAGCUCCUGGAGUGACACCGUCUCCUAUGACCAUCAGCCCCCCAGCACCUCAACCUCCCCAUCUUCCUACUCUGGGACAAGUAGCUCGGGGUCCAGAUCGCACUCCAGACCUACCGUCUACAGCGACGGCUGCUGCCUCAACAACGGAAGAGUCGGAGCUAGUGCCGGUGUGGGUGUCUAUUGGGGAGAGGGGAGUCCACAUAAUGUGAGUGAGAAGCUGAGUGGACCACAGACCAACCAGAGAGCAGAGCUCAACGCAGCCUACAGAGCGGUUCAGUCUGCCGUUGACCUGGGCCACUCUGCAGUGGAAGUCAAAACUGACAGCAGCUACACCAUCAAAGCCAUGACAGAGUGGCUGGGCAAGUGGAAGAGGAACGGUUGGAUGACGUCGCAGUCUGCGCCAGUCAAGAACAAAGAGGACAUCGUCCGACUCGACAAUGCCUGUCAGAAGAUCGACGUCAAGUGGACUCAUGUACCAGGUCAUAGUGGAGUGGCAGGAAACGAGGCAGCUGACCAACUGGCCCGGGCUGGAUCGUUCAAAUGAUCAACAAAACAUCACUGCUACAACCAACCACCGAAAUACUAAAGCCUCAUUAACCUAUUCAAUGCUGCAUCAUUCAAUACCCCCACAGACUUCAUCGUUUUCCACUGUAACAGCACGCAUUAUGCUGGAUCAUUCAAACAACAAAACUCACUAACAUUAUACCCCGCCAAACAGUCCAUUCUUCUUAACUGAACACCCUGAUUCAUGAAGAGCAAAUUCACAGCAUUAUGGAUAUCACCAUGAUUUUAUAAACUGAUCGUCAACUUGUAUCAACCUGAUAAGUAAUAAUUGGCUACUGGGACUAGUUGAUGGUGUACAGACUGCCGUAGCUGGUGUGGGGUGUGGGAUGGAGAGAGUGUGAGUUGUGAGUGACUCUGUCACGACAGAGAGUUGGGUUACGGAGGAGGGUGUAGGCCAAGUACCAGUGGAGACGAGCUCUGUGGGAGCUCUGCUCACUGCCAGUAGACCCCACAGACACUCCUUCUCCUCUGACUACUAUUAUGGAGAGAGAAAACAAGAGUACAUCACCAGUCAGCAGCAAAGGGAUAAAAUUAGAAGUGGGAAAAGCGGUAUACCGUGUGCUGAGAGAAAAAAUGAUGG